AUGGCAUCGAUCAGCGGCGCUCUGCAACACCAGAACCCAACCUUCCAGUCCACCGCCGUCUUCAACAUCCUCGAUCCAAUCUCCCUCAUUCUCUCCCAAAAUUCCUGCGAACCCAUCUCUCUCAAGCUCACGGCCGAGACCUACGCCAUGGAGCGGGGGCCUCGCUACACUGCCUAUGCCCAGCUCAGGGAAUCCAAGCUCCGUACCAAGACCACCACGGCGGCGAUGGGAACUGCAUUUUCCCGCUUACCCGAGUCGGAGACGGAGUCCUGGAGGCAGCAGACUAGUCCGCCGCUGAAGAAACAGGUCAAAUUCAAACACCAACUCCACCCUUUCCCCUCCCCUGUUUCGAGAAGGGCUUCCGGGUACGGCGCGUCGAUGGUGGCUCAGUCGGUGCCGGAUUUCUCGGCGGCGCUGAGGAAGGAGAACAGGAAGCCUCCGCCUUCACCGGCCAUGGCGGGGAACCUGACUCCGUCGCCGUGCAAGAGCGGGUCGAAGGUGCAGGGUGUGUUGUCUUCGAGAGGGAGCAAGUCUGUUGGGUCGGGGGAGAAGAGGAGAGGGGUUGGGAACGGCGGUGGCAGUGGGUUGAUGGCGAGGAAGAGCUAUGCGAGCGUGGAGGAAUUGAAGGGAUUGUCGGCGGCGGCGUCGAAUUCGAUCAUGAAUGGGGAAAACAGAGUGGGAGGGUUGACCAGUAGUAGCAGGGGAAAUGGUGGGAGAGGAAAUGGAAAUACUGUACUUGGAUACCGACACCACUACUAA